CAGCACGUUCGUUACGCACCUGGUGCAGGUGGGGACACGGAGAUCAGCUGUUGUGUGAAGUAUUCCGUGUUCGGUUUCAAUGUUCUAUUUUUUCUAAUAGGAUUCGCUUUGUUGCUUAUUGGCGUUUGGGCGCAAAUAGAGAAGAAUAAUAUCUAUAGUCACUUAAAUAAGGCGUCCAAAUUAUAUCUCGAUCCAACCUGGAUUCUCCUUGUCGUUGGUCUAAUUACAUUCAUCAUUGGCUUCAGUGGCUGUGUCGGCUCGCUUCGUGAAAAUACCUCAUUUUUAACUUUCUACUCGUCUUUACUUGGUUUGCUGCUCAUAGCAGAAUUUGCCGGUGCCGUGUUUGCCUACGCGUGCAGAGACCAGUUGGACACAUACAUUCGUAACUUGCUGAACGAUGUAGUGAUCGGUUACCGUGAUGACCCGGAUCUCCAAGUGUUAAUCGACACUAUGCAAGAAUCCUGGCACUGUUGCGGAAUCAAUGGUGCCGACGAUUGGGACCGGAAUACAUACUUUUCCAUUGCUGCUCGGGAGGUUUCUUCACCUGAGGCUGGCGGUGUGCCGUUCUCCUGUUGUUUGAAUAGCAGUCAAUUGGCUUUUAAAAAUUUUUACUGUGGACAUGGAGUGCGAUUAAAGGUAAAAGAACAUGCUCAAAAUUCGCUGAAUACCAUUUAUACGGAUGGAUGUUUGCCAAAACUGCAGUUGUGGCUGAACAACAACGUAUUUCUAGUGGGUAUCGUGUUAAUAGUCGUCGCGGUUAUUCAGAUCCUUGGCAUUUGUUUUGCUCAAAAUCUUAAGAGCGAUAUCUUUGCACAACGGGCCAAAUGGUACUAUACGCAUUAG